UGGCAGCGUUGUGAUCGAGGAGCUAUCUACAUCAGAACGCCAACCUUUUUGUCGUUCAAAGAAUGAUCAUUUCUGCCACCUCCAUUUGCAAAUCCUUUCUUUUCUAGCGAUGACCUAAAUUGUCACCGCGAGACUCCCGGGAGCGAGCGCAGCGUCACGUGACGUGAAGGCGGAAGCUAUCACGUAAACACAGAAACUAGCUUAAAGGAAGAGCACAAAUGACCGUAUUUGCGUACAUUUCAAAUUGUUGAUAUUUGUUAACGCCACAUAAGGCAUAUUAGUGCAUGGUGAGUCAUGUCUGCAAGCCAUACAAAGGACUCCAGCUUUUUGGGAGGCAGGAUACCGGCAGAAAUCGACUCAUUGUCGAAAAACCUAAAGGAUGUGGACCAGGAGACGUUCAGAAGAAUACUGAAAGCUGUGGUGAGCGCCCUGGAGGGGAAGGACUGCAGGGAGCUGAUGAAGUCCAUAGCGGAGAGCAGCUUCGUGCCCCAGGAGAGGCUCAGUCACGUCGUCGCCGGGAUGUACCGAGUGCUGUCUGAGGCCAUCCGCGUGCCCACCUCAUCACUGAAGCAGGAGGCCUUCAGAGAAGAUCUUAGAGAACUGAGGAUACCUGAAGACUUUAUCACAGAUUUCUCCAGUGUGGUUUUUGGCAACAGGCGUGCCGCUCUAGACGCAGCGACCUCCCGGAACGACCCACACCUCUCCACGUUAGAAGACUUUAAAUGGAGAGUGGAUGUCGCCAUUUCCACGAGCUCCUUAGCCAGGGCCCUGCAGCCUUCUGUUCUGAUGCAGAUGAAACUGUCAGAUGGGAGCUUUCACCGCUUUGAGGUGCCUGUGUCUAAAUUCCAGGAGCUCCGGUAUAAUGUGGCUCUGAUUCUCAAAGAGAUGAACGAUCUGGAGAAGAGGAACAUCCUCAAAAUCCAAGACUGAUUUACCACGCUGGCCUGUUAUUUAAUCGGCCUCUCAUGGUGCUGGCAUCCAUCUUAACUGCUGACAAAGUACAAAAUGGUAAGAAUAGUUAUCUAGCUGGCUGCACCACGGGAGUACCUAACAAUGACCAAACUGAAGAGAAAAAGAUGAGGACUCAUAGCCUUUAUUUAAACAGAAAUCUAUAAGUUCACUCUUUCCCUUGCCUUGUUGUAAACUGUGCAUAUUAGAUUAUUUGAUUCAGUGGUUGAUUUGGGAGAUUUGAGACGGCUGCAUUGUGCCAAAAUAUGAACGCAGUCAAGUGAGCGCUCAGACACUCUCUUACAAAGCCACUUUCACUGGUGUCACGUGAUCCGGUCUGAACAUUUUGUCCACAUGCUUCUGAAACACGAGGAUUCACAAAUCGAUGAAUAAACCUUUUUUCUACUCGUGUUUUUUUUCACAAGUGUUUCAAACCACUGAAAGAACAUCAAUGUGUGCUUGUCUUUUGGGUUGUAGCACUGUUGUAUGAAAAGAAAAAUGGUGGAUUCUUAUGGUUAUUUUGUAUGUUUGUCAUAAUAACAUUAAUACUUUUUACCUCUUAAAACCACAUUUUUCUAAUAAAAUCUCUCCAUUACUGUACAA